UCUUUUCGGUACUCUGUCCUUUUCAAGCCCGGCCGGUGUGGCGAGCAGACUAGCAGCCACCUUCUUCCCUUUUUCUUCUCUUAUCUGUCAAUUCCCAUCUUGAAACGCAACAGCAUGGAUCCUAAAGACAUAAAGGAGGAGCUACGGCUGUUCCAGAGCACCUUGCUUCAGGAUGGACUGAAGGAACUUCUGAAUGAGAACAAGUUUGUUGACUGCACUUUGAAAAUCGGCGACCGCUGCUUUCCCUGCCACCGCCUGAUCAUGGCUGCCUGUAGUCCUUACUUCAGAGAGCUCUUCUUCUCUGAAGAUGGCAAGGAGAAGGAAACCGGCAAGGAAGUGAUUCUGGAUGACGUUGAUCCAAAUAUCAUGGAUAUGAUCAUCCAGUAUCUGUAUUCCGCUGAGAUCGAUUUGACAGAUGACAAUGUUCAGGAGAUCUUUGCAGUGGCAAACCGAUUCCAGAUUCCCUCAGUGUUUACAGUAUGUGUGAACUAUCUUCAGAAGAAGCUGUCUCUGUUUAAUUGUCUCGCCGUCUUCAGGCUCGGCCUGGUCCUCGGUGUUCCCAGGCUCGCCAUAGCGGCACGCGAUUUCAUCGCUGACCGAUUCGAAACCGUGGCGGCUGAGGACGAGUUCCUUCAGCUGGCACCUCACGAGCUCUUGGCUCUGAUUGGUGGAGACACUCUUAACGUGGAGAAGGAGGAGGUUGUGUUUGAGUCGGUGAUGAAGUGGGUGCGCAACGACAAGGCCAAGCGCGCCAAGAGUCUGGGCGAAGCGUUCGAGUGCAUCCGCUUCCGCCUUCUUCCCGAGAGGUACUUCCGGGAGAAAGUUGAGACUGAUGACAUCAUCAAGGCAGAUCCAGAACUCUUGAAGAAACUGCAAGUCAUCAAAGAAGCCUUCAGUGGAAAACUCCCCGAGAAGAAACCCAAAGAGAAGAAGGAAGGAGAGGCUGGAGCAGAGGAGGAAGUGGAGCUGCUGCCGGGUUACUUGAACGAUAAUCGUAGACUUGGGAUGUACGGACGAGACCUUAUCCUCAUGAUCAAUGACACGGCUGCUGUGGCAUACGACGUGGCUGAGAAUGAGUGUUUUCUGGCUGCGAUGGCAGACCAGGUGCCGAAGAACCACGUGAGUCUCUGCACCAAGAAGAACCAGCUCUUUAUCGUCGGUGGCCUGUUUGUCGAUGAAGACAGCAAAGAGUCUCCUCUGCAGUGCUACUUCUACCAGCUGGACAGUAUUGCUGCUGACUGGAAGGCAAUGCCUCCUAUGCCCAGCCCUCGAUGCCUGUUCUGUAUGGGGGAAAGUGAAAACCUGCUGUUCGCCAUCGCUGGCAAAGACCUGCAGACCAACGAGUCCCUCGACUCCGUCAUGUGUUAUGACACUGAAAAGAUGAAAUGGCACGAGACCAAGAAACUUCCUCUGCGUAUUCACGGCCAUUCAGUUGUCUCACAUAACAACCUGGUGUACUGCAUCGGAGGAAAGACAGAUGACAACAAAGCUCUCAAUAAAAUGUUCGUGUACAACCACAAGCAGUCAGAAUGGCGAGAACUGGCUGCUAUGAAGACACCCAGAGCGAUGUUUGGUGCCGUAGUUCAUAAGGGAAAAAUCAUUGUAACUGGGGGAGUGAAUGAAGACGGACUCACGGCUUUAUCUGAAACCUACGAUUUUGGAACAAACAAGUGGGACACAUUCACAGAGUUCCCUCAGGAGCGCAGCUCUGUGAAUCUCGUGAGCACCGGAGGAAACCUCUUUGCCAUUGGUGGCUUUGCUAUUGUAGAGCUGGAGGACAAAAACAUCGGACCUUCUGAGAUCACUGAUGUGUGGCAGUAUGAAGAAGACAAAAAGACAUGGAGUGGCAUGCUGAGAGAGAUGCGCUAUGCUUCCGGAUCUUCCUGCGUUGGUAUGCGUCUGAAUGCUGCCAGGAUGCCCAAACUUUAAAUCAACCCCCUUUUUUUUUUUUUUUUUUUUUUUUUAUGUGACCCCCUGUGGCCAUGUGACCUUUGACCUCGGCACACAGCUGUCUGUGGUCAAUUAUAUCUAGUCUAAAAUGAGAAGCCAAGGGAACUAAACCGUUUUCAUAAAAGUGCAAAUAAAAAGCUUUUGGGUUCCCUAAAGUGUUUUAUUUUUACAUUUCAGACAAACACAGGUUAAUGUGAAAUGUGUGUGUAUGUGUGUGAACACGAGCCAUUUCUCAUUUAAUGCUUUGACAGAACCAUGUAAGCAAGAACAAGUGCAUUUCUGUAUUGUUAUUAUACUGUAAUAAUAAUAAUAAUAAUUAUAAAAACUCUAGUUCUCUACUUCAAAAAUACUAGGUUACUUUGUGUGUGUGCAUAUUUUGUAAAAUAAACAUUUUAAACCAUA